GGUGGCACCGCGGCGCAAGCAAGUCUUCCUGUCUCGUCCUUUCGGCACAGGCAUGGCCGCCUUCUUGGAUCUGCAGAGCAUCGUGGAUGGAGGCAAACCGUCGAUAUGCACCAGCCGCUUCGUGUUCGGAUGUGAGCUGAAUAGUAGUGCCCGAUCCUACACUUUUAAGGUGUCUGAAGAGGAUGAUUCGGAUCACUUCCUAGCUCUGAAUAUGGUUUGCUUGUCAGAAGCAGCCACGGAUGAAUGCAACAUCGUGGAGAUUGUAGGACGCGACUAUCAGAACAAGGAGGUUGUUGUGCCAGUGGCGAACUUGAAGCUGUCAUGCCAGCCCUGGUUGUGUUUGGAUAAUUUUGAGCUCCAGCCCCCAGUGACCUUUCGCCUGCGUUCAGGAUCUGGCCCUGUCCACCUUGCAGGGCAACACCAAAUCUUUCACAGGAGUGAUCUUUCGGAAGAUGAGGAUGAGUUUAAUGAAGAGGAGGAGGAUUUUAGCGAUGAGGAUGAGUCCAUAGAAGAGGAGGAAGAGCUGUCCCCUAUCAAGCCUGCCAAGAAGCAACGGAAGUCUUAGCUUGGCUUCCAAGGAGAGGUGCUGCAGAUUUUAUUCUUCCUGAAAUGCAGCGUUGCUGUUCUCCAGCUGAAUUUCUUGAAAAUGUUUUCUUGUAUCUCCUUGUCUGGAACUGAUGGCUGAUGGCAAUAACUGGUGCUACUGAUUCUGGGUCCAGGGGAAAGCUGCUGUGUUUGAGGAGCUGCCGGAGAGUUACUAUUUCAGGAACAUGUUUUCCAUGGGAAAACUGGUAGCAGCUUUGUGCCCUUCUGUUCAGAUCUAGCUGGUACUUAGAAAGGGGCCCAAACAUCAGCCAUUUGUUGCUGUUGAUGUACGUUGAGCUGUUUUCUCCAGAUGAAGAUACCAAGAGGCAGGAGUAAGUCUUUAUUUUCCCUAUGCAUUUUACAUCUACCUUUUUAUUUUAUUUUUAAAUGAACAUAUUCCUCCAAAAAUAGGUAAUGCCACUGGGUUUAUUUCUUGGAGCAUGUUUUUCCAUGAGUCAGUUUGACUCCGUGCGGCAGCCUUCCCCAGCAUGUUGCCCUCCAUAUGUCUUGACCACAACUCCCAUUAUCCCCAGGGCAUCAGGUUGAAGAAGGCUGCCCUUAAGG